GGCGAAAACGUUUCUGAGUUAAGAUUUAAAUCGACACUUAUUUUUUAUAGAUUAUUAUUACACAUUCAUUCUACUCUAAAUGCUAAAAUUUAUUUGUUUCACAAUAUUGUAAAUGAAUGAAAUAUCUGAGUCCGGAGACAAACCAAUCGGUGAACACGGAACAAAUUAUUUUUAUAAGGAGUUCGUGGUGUCAGGCUACGGUUUAAAAAGUAAGAAGUAUCAACUGGGAUCAUUUUAUUUUGUUCAAAAAUCGUCAGAUUUUCCUAUCGCAAUAGCGGAAAUCGUAUUGAUUUGGUCCAGUAAAAGUUCUGACAAAAAAUUUGCGGUUUCAAAAUUAUACCUGAAACCAGAUAAUCUGGCAGAUAAUACUUACUACGGAAAGGAUGAGUUAGUUGAAGUAGAACAGUGUGUUGUCAUUGAAUGUCGUAAGUUUCCGCUAUGGGAAUGUUCUCCUCAGAACUGGUAUAGCAACACAGGUGAAUUCAUUGGAAAACUUCCUGAACAGAAACCAAUUAGGGAAUGUUUAAUCAAAAUUCUUAGUUUUCCACAGUAUUGCCGUUUUCAAGCAUGCAAAAAACGUCUUGAAUCUGGAGUAAAGAUAUCAGAUAAGAUGCUUCUUGCACUAGGAGGCAUUAAGUUUGAAAAUCACCAAAUCCUAAUUGUUUUUUCUAGAAAAUGUAUUCAAAAAGAAAACAUAAGCAAUUUUUCACCCACCCAAGAUAUAUCAGUACCACAAUUUAGAGGAAGACCUCGAAAAAAAAAAGGUAUUCAACAUGAUAAAUGCAAUAAAAGAUUUUUUAAAUCUGUGUCCUUGGAAGAAAAAGAAAAAAAGAAAGAAGUGUUACCUCAAGUUGAAACUGAGGUCAAAAAUAUUUUGUCUGAUAAUUCAUUGAACACUUCAAAAGAGAAUACUUUAAAAGAAAACAUUACCAUUAAAUCAAAUGAUGUAGAAGUAAGCAAUUGUUUAAUUAAUCAACCCAGCACCGAUGUAAAUGAAGAAAAUGUCAACUCGAUUCCAUCUAAGCAACAUAGUAUUGUGUAUCCAACUGACCCCAACAUGUUCAAAAAAUAUUUGUAUGCAUUUAUGUAUAAUCGUGGUACACCAAUUACAAAGAUACCUAUUAUUGGUUACUUUAAAGUAAACUUGUUCAAUUUGUUCUCUUUGGUUGAUAUUCACGGAGGCUAUUUUGAAGUUACAUUAAAAAAACGAUGGCGUCGUGUUUAUGAAUUACUUGGUCAUUCAAACUCAAUUACCAAUUCUGCUACUAUUACAAGAAAAACCUAUGAAAACCUUUUACUUCCAUUUGAAAAUUUUUUGUUAACCAAAAAUAAGUCUGAAAACUUUGAUGGUAACAAAGAAGCUUUAAAAGACGAAACGGAACUAUUUGAAAAUAUCUCGUUGAACAAAAAUAUCCCUGAAAACAUUGAUCAUAAUAAAGAUUUUUUUAAAAACGAAACAGGAGUAUUGGAAAAUAUUUCAUCAGCCAAAAAUAAAUCUGAAAGUUUUAAAGGUAGCAAAGAAAUUGUAAAAGAAAAAACAGGAUUUGAAAAUAAGAAAAACACUUUUAAUACUCAAACGAAGUUAUCUUGUAAACCAGAGAAUUCUUUUAGUAAUCCAUACUCUUCACAGAAUGCAAGCUCUAAUCAAAAUGUGGUCAACAUUCCUUUUCCUUCUUUAGCGAAAUUUGAAAAUACUCACCAUUCACCUGAAAAUAUGAAUUCAGUAGACUUCAAAUCUGGUAAAAGAUAUAGAGAUGUGUAUGAUAAUGACUCACCACCAAAAAAAAAGUCACAUAAUAUCAUUAAUAGUUCAUUAAAUGAUUGCAAAUGCUCAGCGCACUCAGAGAGUGUGAUGCAACCUAGUACUUAUGCUUACAGUAAAAACAAGGUUUUCAGCAAUUUAUAUAAAAAAUCUGAAAUUAGUUCUAAAAAUGAGACCAACACAUUAUUUAAAGGUUUUAGAAAUGGCGUUGAAUAUAUCUCAGAUAAAGAGUCGCGUUGUGAUGCAAGAAACAUUUCAGAUAGUUGGAUAGAAACGUUUAAUUGUUCAGCCAUUAAUAAUGGUUUUUUAGAAAACACUCAAAAAAGUAAUUGCAUUACUAAAUGUUCUAAACAAGUUUACAAAAACUGCAAUGCCAAUAUAAUUGGUAAAUGUACAGAUCUAGCAAAUGAAAAACUAUACAAUAACGAAAGUUCCAUUUGCGGAUCUUCAUUAAUACCAAAUGAAGAUAUCAAUUUAGAUGAUCGUCUUCAAUUUGUAAAUUCUCCUUUUCAAUAUUCUCAUCAAAAGCAACCAGUCACGUUUUAUACUGGGUCUUCAAGUUUUCGUACUUACUCCGGUUAUAAAUGAAUUACAUAAGUUGAUCGUGUUUUUCUACUACAUAUUUAUUACAGUCGAUAUAUAAAGUAUAGCUUCUAUUAACUAUAAAUAUUUAUUUUAUAAAUAUAACUAUUUAACUAUAAACAUUUAUAAUAAAAAUAAUUAUAAAUAUUUAUAAUUAUAAACAUAAAAUUAUUAUAAGCAUAAAAUUACAAAAGUAUUAUAAAUAUUUUUGAAUUUAGUUUUUUCAAUUAACUUCUUUUAUAAUUAUCAUACAACUAUCAUUGUCAUUUUAUUUGCAAAAAUAAGUCAGUCAAAAAUUAAAUUAAACUGUGCAUGGAGUAAACAUUUUUCGUUUGUUUUUAAAAUCUUUUUAAAUGAUACAAGUCUUACUUUGAUUUGCUCUAUGUAGCUAUUUUUUCUUUAUUGCGCUUUAUCUUCACAAACAAUCAAAAAAUUCUUUUACCUUUUUAUAUCUAUAUAUACUUUAAUGGUUUAAUAGCAGCAAUUAUUGUGCAUUUGUCUAAAUAUUUGUGAUAUUUUUGUAAAACAUAAAACUGUCUCUUAGAUAUUAAGAUAAUUGAUAUUCUUCCACUUUCAACAUUCAAUGUUAA